AUGGAAUAUCCAGGUCAUCUCUACUUUGACAGGUUUGAUUCGGACAAGAUACAUACCGGCUCGGGUACAUUCAUCCUAGGCCAUCGUGCACAAGAUGAACCUGUCGAGGAGACUUUCAACAAUAUGAGCAUUAGCUCGUCUCCGCAGCAGGAAGAAUAUGGACUGAGCUCUGAUGGUGUGUUCCUACUUACAAGGGACGGAUAUCGCUCAGGAUUCCUCCAGAGUAUCGCCCAAGUGACCCAAGUCUACUAG